AUGCCUCUUCUAGGUCUUCACCAGCUCAAGAACAGUUGGAAAGCAACAUGCCACGCUGAGCGCAACCUUAUCUCUCAGGACACCAAGACCACUCGCACUUCACGGCGUAUACGAAGAAAAGCACACUAUAUAACGAGACCACCGACAGAUGCUGGUCCUCAGCUCCUGACUAGAUAUCUCAAAUCGCGACGCAUUGCUAUACUAAUAUCGAGAUCCGAUAUGGCAAAGGCGACUUCGGUACUUCAUGAGAAAGGCCGAUCAUGGAACAGCAAGGCUGAUAUCCUGGCAGUGUCGGAUCAGCCUCACCGUGCUCUGAUAUUGGUUCAGCCUCAUAGCUGUAUGACCGUUGCGGAGGCUGUGUUCGACAUUGCUACCAGCAAAGCUACAGGUCGGUCGUGCAAGGAAUCGCGAAACCGCCUAGAGAGGCAGAGCAACCAUCCAAUUCCUCGUAUCGUGACAUCAACGUUCAACGUGACCCGGACCAGAUCGAGUCCAUCUUUAUGCAGAGGACGUCGCCAUAACAGCGCACCUCCACACGAUGAGUGCCAGCUGAUAGCAGAAAUCCUGCUCGGCGCUACUUCGAAUUAUGGACGAGGAGAGCCAGCGCGAACAUAUAAGAGCAUAGAUUCUAUCAGCAAUAUCCCAUUCUUACCAACAUCGUCCAACGACGCCGUCACAGCCACUCAGCAACCACAAAACUCACCACACACCACCCUCAUUACUGCCAUUCUGGCCUCCUUCGUCGCCGGCCUCGAGACAUCCAACGGUCCCUUGACCGCAGAAGCAGAUGCCGCGAAACUAGUACAAUGCGUUGACGAGCUGCACGAUAGCCGUAAGCACUUCGCCCGAUUGAUCGAUCCCUACUCGCUCACUAGACUUUUCGCGCAGCACGAUGGGAAGGCGGCGGUUACGAAUGGCAACGGACAUUGGGAGAGCCCCAAGGACUGCAUCGGCGACAAAUGCGCUUACUUUCUUUUAAGAAGCUUUCUGCUGAGUGCUGGGUUGGGUGGGAGUAGAUGGCGGCAGAUCUUGCUGGGCUUGCAAUACAUUCGCUCGGUUUUGGCGCGGUUCAAUGGAGAAUGGAGUCUCUUCGUCUCCCUACCGUCGCCUCCAUAUCACCACUCUCUUUCACCACAUCCUCAACUCUCAAAGGUCAUAGUAAAUUUCAUGCAGCUUCUUCCAAUCCAUCCGCAGCAUCGUCUCAUGGCCCAUCUUGGAGUCUACCUUCGCGCUCAGAAAUUCCGAAAAUCUGCCCUCAAUUUCCCAACGCAUCAAAGCUAUGUCAAGGUAUCGCCUAACACCACACCCAAGUCUCUUUCGCACCUUCCUCCACGAACGCCUUAG